GAUCACUAGUAUCAAAGGGGAGAGCCGCUCGCGGUGGGGCGUAAGCAGUACUAAAUACGAGCGUGCCUAUUCCGACUGGCGAGCAGGCAGCUAUUUGUUUGUGAUGUAACCGACUGGCUCUAGAUCACUAGAAGGAUUCGAAUACUCCAUAACACUAGAUUCAUUUAGCGAGCGCUGUCAGGCUGUACAUAAACCAACGUUGAAUCAGGCUAGGAUGCAAAUACAAGGCUAAGGAAGUCCGAUGUGUAGUCCGAGAUGGUCGCUCCAGCCUUGUUGGCUCUGAAAGAUAUGUCUAGGUAGGUAGGUAUAAAUUCUCUUCUUCUGCUCCUUUUCAGACUGGAUAUCUCACCACCAAGCUCUCACAGACCAGCUCUUUACUAGGACUUCAGCCAUCUCAGCCUAUUCCAUUCCACUCGCCGAAGAUGCAUUUCUCUCAGAUCAUCCAGUUCACCCUCGUCCUGGCCGGACUGGCCUGCGCCGCUCCUCAGUCCAACCCCCUCCUCGAGACCGUCAUGCUCUCCAACGGCGAGACCACCGUGGCCGUCCAGGUCGAGGCGAUGUCCCCUGCCAGCACCGGCCCCCAUAUCGGCGGCGAGAUCCUCGCCCGCGGCCAGCUCGUCUCCCGCCAGGACUCGAUCAACUGCAAGGGCAGCAGCGCGUGCAGCAACAGGCAAGGUUUCAAGGACAGCUGCACCACGGCCAAGAACAAGAUCGAGGACACCACGUACGCGAGUGGUGGCGCUAAGAGCGGCACGUGCAGUGGAAACUGCGGCAUAUUUGUUCAGGGCAAGGAUUGCAUCGCGACCGGGGCUGUUCUGAGGAGCGCCUACAACGCAAUCCGCAACAACGGAUGCCAGGCUUGCGGGUCAGCCCACUGGAACAAUGGUUGCUACAUCACCAUCAACUAUAUCACCGGUUGCUGAUCGGCCCUCUUUCAGCCUGACACCGGACAGGUUCUUUCGUGAUGGCCGUGACCUUGACAGAAUCAAGAAAGUACGCUGACGUUUGCUGAGAGCUGUGAUGAAUAUGGGAUUCUGUUGUGAAUCAGAGAUCGGGUAAAGGGAUGAUGAGGAACGAAGAAUGCGGGGGUUGAGAAAUAGAAAAAGAGAUUGGGUGGGGCAGGUACAUAGUCUGGACCCGUUCGUAAAUAUACAUCAUAUAUCUCUGG